CACUCUUCUUUCUUUCUUCUUCAGACACAAACACAUAAAAAACAAAGAAACAAUAACUUAUCAAAAGAUUAGAUUUCAGACAAAGAUUUUGUCGAGAAAAUGAAGUUCGGGAAAGAGUUCUCUUCUCAGAUGGUGCCUGAAUGGCACGAAGCUUACAUGGAUUACGAAUUCCUCAAAUCUCAGCUUAAAGAAAUCAUCAAAUUCAAACGCAAAACCAAUCCUCACGGUCAUCAUCACCACCACCACCACCAUCAUCAUCAUCAUCAUCACGGACUUCACCGAGCAUUCAGCGGUUUACUCUCUACAUCCCCCAAGAAAAAGAAACACCACCAUCACGGCGGUGGUGGUGCUGGUCAGAUCGGGCAUUUAUCAGAUUCCGACGACGAUAUCGAGGAAGGGAUUAAACCGGUUAAGGCGCCGAUUCUUGUUCACUCGGCGAGUCACGGUUACGAGACGACGUUUCUGAUGGCGUCGGAGGAAGGAGGAGAGUACGAGACUGUGUUUUUCCGGAGAUUAGAUGAUGAGUUCAACAAAGUCGAGAGGUUUUAUAAAGAUAAGGUUGAAGAAGUGAUGAAAGAAGCUGUUAUGCUUGAGAAGCAGAUGGAUGCUUUGAUCGCUUUCAGGGUUAAAGUUGAGCAUCCUGAUGGUUGGCCUUGGGAAGAACGUACGGUUGAGAUGACUCGUUUAGCUUCUGAUGUUGCUUCUUCUGCUGCCGCCGUCGCUGCUUCUACUCCCGCCGGUGCUAGAUCCAUGAAGGUUGGAGCUCAUCAAGCUCACAUGGAGGCGAUACAGGAAGGAGGAUCAAGCAAAGCUGGUAAAUCAUCUGACGAAGAAGAUGAUGAAAAUGAUGAUGAUGUAGAGAAAGAAGAAGAAGAAGAUAACGGCGUUUCCGUCGUAGUAGCUGAUGACAUCAGUAAGCUGAAAGCGGCGAGGCCACCUCCGAUAGAGCCACCUCCGAUCGAGGUUUUGGAUCGUGUCAAGAUGAAUCAUACGAAAGAGACGCCACGUUCCACCAUUAAAAGUGUUCUCCAGGUCUCGAAUUUGACGGAGCUUAAAUUUAGCAGAGAUAAUCUGAGGAAAGUCGAAGCGAAGCUUAGACGCGCCUUCGUUGAGUUCUAUCAGAAGCUUAGGCUACUCAAAAGCUACAGCUUCAUGAAUGAGUUAGCGUUUUCGAAGAUAUUGAAGAAGUAUGAUAAGAUAACUUCAAGGCAUGCUUCAAAGUCUUACAUGCAAAUGAUUGAUAACUCUUACCUUGGUAGCUCUGAUGAGGUAACGAGACUCGUGGAGCGUGUUGAAGCUACGUUUAUAAAGCAUUUCGUGAAUGCUAACAGGAGAAAAGGAAUGAAUAUCUUGAGACCGAAAGCUAAAAGAGAAAGACAUCGAAUUACAUUCUCCACAGGCUUCUUGGGUGGAUGCUUGUUUUCUUUAGUAGUGGCUCUAUUUGCGAUCAUACGAACCCGAAACAUUUUGCAGGAGGAAGGCCAGAAACAGUACAUGAACACUAUGUUCCCUCUUUACAGUUUGUUCGGGUUCAUCGUUCUACACAUACUUAUGUAUGCUGGUAAUAUAUACUAUUGGAGGCGGUAUCGAGUGAAUUACUCUUUCAUAUUUGGGUUCAAGCACGGAACUGAACUUGGUUAUAGACAAGUUCUAUUUGUGGGAUUAAGCAUUGGAGUCCUUGCGCUUCUUUGUAUUCUUGCCAACCUUGACAUGGAGGUUGACCCGGAAACCAAAGAUUACCAAGCAUUAACCGAACUUCUUCCUCUUUUCCUGCUCAUUGUUAUGUUUUUAGUUCUGAUCUUACCAUUCAAUAUCUUCUACCGCUCGAGUCGCUUCUUCUUCCUCACCUGCCUCUUCCAUUGCCUUGCAGCUCCUCUUUACAAGGUAACCUUACCUGAUUUCAUAGUGGGAGAUCAGUUAACAAGUCAGGUGCAAGCUCUUCGAAGCAUCCAAUUUUACAUAUGUCACUACGGUUGGGGAGAUUACAAACAUAGACUGAACACUUGCUCAGAUUCAGAUGCCUACAAUGCUUUCUUAUUCAUUGUUGCUGUAAUCCCAUAUGGCUGUCGUCUCCUUCAGUGCUUGAGGCGACUGUUUGAAGAGAAAAACCCAGAACAAGGAUACAAUGGUCUCAAGUACUUCUUGACUAUAGUGGCUGUCUGCUUGAGGACUACUUACAGUGUAGUCGACGAAGAUCAUCAAUUUAUAUGGAGAAUAUUAGCUGGGAUCUUUUCAGCUAUUGCUGCCAUUUUCUGUACUUACUGGGACUUAGUGUAUGACUGGGGUCUUCUGAAUCGAACAUCCAAAAACCGGUGGCUCCGGGAUAAACUCCUUGUCCCUCAGAAGAAAGUAUACUUUAUCGCAAUGAUCUUGAACAUCUUGCUUAGAUUCGCGUGGCUGCAGACUGUUCUGGAUUUCAAUUUCUCCUUCAUGCACAGACAAACGAUGGUUGCUGUUGUUGCCAGUCUAGAGAUUAUCCGACGUGGUAUAUGGAAUUUCUUCAGGUUAGAGAACGAGCAUUUGAACAAUGUUGGGAAGUAUCGAGCAUUCAAGACAGUUCCCUUACCGUUUAACUACGAUGAGGAUGACGACAAAGACAACUAGAUUUUUUUCGGUUUCUAGUCGUUGAUUAUGUGAAGACGGAUUCAUCCACAUCGAGGGGAGGACUGGAUUAGACUAAAGCUGGUUCAUUGAUAUCAGAGAUGUCACACUCACUAGAUUAACCAUAGUAAUUAGGGUCACUCAUCACUGAUUUGCAGGAGGCAGGUUAAUGGAAGUAAUAGUUAAAAAUUGUCAGUGGAAGAAGAGUAGGUAGACUCCAUUAAGCAAUGUACUGAGUAUUUCUCAUUUUGGGUUAUCUAAAUAUAAAAAGUUGUUCAUGUGUAGAGGAAAGACACCUACAACUAAGUGAUUAAUCUCCAUUUAUGCGAAA